CUAUAACAGUAGCUGCACCAAUCUCCAUUAUUCUAGGACGUCUUUUUUUUGUUUCCUUUAUCUUUAUUGUUUAACACACGUGACCUUGGGUAUUAUAACACCAACAUAGAGUAUUAAGAAUAUUAAAUAACAUUAAUAAUAUUGCCAUAUUAAAUAAAAUUCUAUAUCAUGGUUGUAGAUUCCAUAGACAUAGUAUAAUAUUUUAAAUUAUAAUGUCGUAAAUACUUAAUAUUUUUUUUUAUCAGUGAUUAGUGAAUAAAAUCCUUAUCAUUAAAACAAAUUUAACUUUUUACUUUCAAAAUAUUUAAAUGUAUGUAGGACACAUAGACAUAGGUCUAAGGUAAUACACCCAGUAAGUAGUAUGAUAAAUACAUUUUUAUGAAUAUGUGAAUAGUACAUCAGUUCUCAAUAAAGGUGUACCAUAUGUUAAACAAUUAUUUUUGUUAGGAAUUUUAUUGUUUUAAGUGAUGAGUCAGAAAUAUCAAAAUUCAAGAUUUCCAGAGCAUAAGAAACAUAAUGGAUCAAGAGCCAGAUGACAUAAAAGUUAUUAAAUAUCUUGUCGAUGAAACAAUCAAUAGAUCAUCUGCGUCAGAUCUGGAUGAACCAGAUAAGCUCCCCAGUGACCUGAGUAUUUCUUACUGGGAUUUAAUAGCAUUAAUUCUAGCAAUAGUUAGCCAUGUAAUUGAUGUCUGUAUCGAUUUUAAUGUAGCCUAUCAGUAUUACAGAUAUGAAAAGCUCACCUAUUUUGUGUUAACAAUUAUUUUUAUAGCAGUUCCUUCUAUCAUAAACACUUAUAUGAGUUUAAAAAUGUUAGUAGGUAGUUAAAAUCUAAAACUAAUUAUUCUAUUGUAAUAUUUGGUAAUUUUUUGGUUUUAGUUAUUCUCUUCAAGAAGAUAUGCAAAGAAUCACUAAGAAGAUGCUCUCAAGUAUAUUAUUAAUGCCAUUUUUGUUGAUCUUUCAAAUGGCUCCCGUUUUAAGGUACACUAAUAUGAUUAGUAUAUAUUAUUAUAUUAAAUUUUGUUUGAAUGCUUAUUUUGUACAAAUUCUGCACUAAGUUUUUAGUUUAUUGUUUUACAUAUAAUAAAUUGUAUUGUAUUGCAUGUUAUUUUGUAUGUAGAGUACCUGUAUAUAUGUGUGUUUUUUUAUACUGGCAUGUAUUGUAGAUAUUAUGAUGUACUGAAUUAUGCACUGAAGUCUCGAAAAGCUGCCCGUAAGGGAAAUUACAAUGACCAGAAGAAGUACUAUGCAUUAAUGGUUAAAGAAGAUUCUUAUGUAUCAUUGCUACGGAUCUUUGAAUGCUUUCUAGAAGCUGUUCCCCAACAAAUUUUACAAAUAUGUAUUGUUUUAGUUGAAAAAAAAUAUGGUUCUACAUUUCAAAGUAAUGUUACCUAUUUAUAUACUUAACUAUUAACUAAAAAAAAAAAAGAAACCAUUUUAUUUAAUAAUAUUUAAUUUAUUAUAUUAAAUUAAAUUUGAAUAACUUAAUAUUUAUUUAUUCAAACAAAGUUUACCAACUCAUAAAUAAAUAUAUUUUGUUUGAAUUUUAUUUAUGUAUGAAAAUCAAUUAGCUAAUACAACAUGUUUAAUAACUCAAAAGCUAAUUUAUUUUUAAUUUAGAGGAUGUAAGGGUUGCAUGUUAUAAUAUUUCACAUUAUAACCUAUAUUAUAAUCAAACAAUCCAUUUAUAAAAGCAGAUUUAUUAUUUUAUUCAAAAUCUCAAAAGUAUUUAGACAUUUAAUAGGUACUUCUUAAACAUUAUAUAAAUUUCAAAUAGUAACCUAUAUUUGUUUUUAAGUUGAUCCAAUUUUUUUCUACAUUCUGCAUGCAUUUAAUUAUCAUGUAUAAAAUUAGACAAGUGGUUCACUAAUUUUAAUUAUAUGGUUUAAAUAUGAAUUAGGGAAAUGAUAUACCCACUGUAAUUUAUUUGUUUGAAUUUUAGAUAUUAAUAAAAACAUAACCUUUUUCAAAAUAAAGGAAAACAUGUUUUGUAUGUUAAAAUAUAGAGUAAGGAGUAAUUAAUCUUUUUAAACUUAAUAAUUAUUAUUUGAGAAUAAUAAAGCAUGAUGAAUGAUCUAUUGGUAUAUUUAAUUUGUUAAAAAUAUUAGAUUAAUAAUUAUUAAUUCAAAUUUAAAUUUUGAUUUUUUCAUUCUUUGAUAUUAGUCUGAAAAAAAUAAUUAUAAAGCUUUUUAGUUAAUACGUUUUAAAAUUUUGUCACUGAAUUUAAAAUUAGAAUUAUUUUAUAGUUAUCAUUAUUAUUUUUAUUUAAUUAUAAAAAAAUAGACAUGAAAGAAAAUAAUACAAUAUUAAUUUGUUUUAGACAUUAAAUAUUUAAAUGAUUAAUUUCAUUUUUCAGUUGUUCAUCAAUCUGCAUCUAUUGCUAGUUCAACCAUUGGUAUUGCUUGGGCUAUGGCUUCAUAUCAUAAGAAUGUAAGAAUUGCUUUUGAAAAUCGAAAAAACAUAGGAAUCACAGGAACAGUCUUACAAUUUUUAUGGCAUAUAAUGAUUACAGGUACAAAGUAAUUAUAUAUACACAAGACAAUUUAAUUUAUAUAUUUAUAUGAAUUCAAUUUUAGAUUUGGAGCGAAGCGAGGAAUGUAUUGGUUUUACAAUGAUAUUUAUUAUAAUUAUUAUUUUUUUUUUCUUGGAACAACUUUUUUACUUGAAAUCAUGCUCUGAUUUUUAAAUCUAGUACUUUUUCUGAAAGAAAAUUUUGUUCGAGUGGUAUUAAUUGAUUGGUAUUUUUUGAUUUUCUAACUGGUUUUUAUAAUAAUUUGAAAAAAAACAAAAAUUGAAAAUGAACAAAAUUAAAGUAUACAAUGUAUAUUGAUUAUUACUAAUUUUAAAUAAUACAGCAUUUCAAUACAUAUAUAACCAAACUUUGCUCCAAAUGGUAGGUUGAUAAUAGUUUAUCAUUAAUUACAGAUAUAAAUUAAAUAACUUUGUGUAUUCUGUCUUCUCUUCUUCCCGCCUAUAACAGUAUCAUGUCUGUCCCCAAUACUAGCUCUUUUUUUUUUAAUAAAAUAUUAAAAUUUAAUAUUUUUUACUUAUAUUUGUAGUGUCUAGAAUCCUGUCUAUAAGUGUGGUUGCUACAGUAUGGCCAAUAUCAACUGGUAUUUUUUGUAUGAUCCACUGGCUCUUCAUGACAUUGUGGAUUUACAAGUAUCAAAGUGUUACAUUUUGUAUGCCGCCUGAUCGAGCUGAAGAAAGUGGCAUCAUGAGAUUUUUCUUUUCAACAAUAUUGGGUCUAGUAUAUAUAUUUACUUAUUUAUCACCCAGUGAAGGUCAAGGAAAUACCAGAAAUAAUUAUCUGGGUUAUUAUGGAAUAUUCUUAGUGGAAAAUGUUUCAUGGGUCACUAUUUGGGCAAUAACAGGAAGUGAUUAUAAUCAAUGGUACUACUAUCCACUAUUAAUAGGUUCAAUUGCUCCAUUCUUUGUUGGGAUCAUGUUUAUGAUAAUAUACUACAAAUUUUUCCACCCUCAUACCAUUUAUAAAAACGAAAUCCCCAAACCAAGUACAGUGACUAAAAAUAUGAUUACAGCUAAUGAAGGUGUACUAGGAUGAUAAACAUAUUUAUUAAUUAACCAUUUAUAUUAUUUUUAAAUAUUAAAUUAUUUAAAACAUGUUUAUACUAAUUAUAUUAUAAUUUUUUUUUAAAAAAUCAGUUUCUAUUUAAAGAUUAUUUAAUAUGAAGGAGACACUUAUUUGACGAAAUGACUGUAAUAGAUACUAUACUCGUCUGAUUGAGAUUAAACUCAGAACAAAUCCUCAGAAUACUUACACAUUCUCCUCUAAUUUAAAGUUCGCCAAUCAAAUAAUUUUAAAUUUAAGAAAAUUAUUAAAUAAAUUAGUUAAACAGCUAUAACAGAGUUAAUACUAGUCACAUUAUAAUAUGGCUGGUGAGAGAACACUACUCGUUUUUGUGCAUCUAAAUGAAUAAGUUUUGCGGUUUCAUGCCUACAUUUCUUUCAAUCACUACACGGCGACCAGUAACUAAUUCCACCGCUACUGCCGUCGAGUGGUAACCAGCGUUUGUAUACAGUAGCAUAAAAAACACAAUGAAAAUAAUAACACCUGGCAACUGUUACACCUAUUAUGUACCUAUACAACAAUGCAAAUAAUAUGUAUGGAAUAUAAAUAUUUUAUGUAUGCAUUUAUUUAUUAAUUCCAACAUAAAUGAGUAAUCGUACAUAUAUAUACAUACAUAUUAAUACAAGUCAUUAUAGUAUGCAUUUUGAACAAACAAUUUUUAAAAUAUAAUACAAAUUAAUCAAUCCGAGUCUGAAUCUGAACUUGUAUCACCUGUUCCUAUAAUGAAGAUAUGAUGUGCUUCAGGUUCUUCGUCCAUAAUUCCAUCAAUUAAAAAGUCAAUAUUCUACAAUUACAAUUUCUACUUUACAAUGUGCCCAACAAAAUUUGUCCACAUUUCUGGCGUCACAUGUUCCACGCUUCUCUUUAAUAAUUUUAUUACAUCGUUAAAUUUGAAGGUUUUGUUAUGUGUUCAGACAUGGCUUUUUUUCGAGCUCGCAGUGGUACGGAGGCAAACGCAAAAUGAUUUUGUUGUGGGGUUUUUUGUAUACUCAUCUAUGACGUAUUUGUUGUAUUGCGGUUUUAAUUGUCUAACUUUUUCCAACAAUUGCAUUUUUAUUAUUGGCUGGGUAACGUUUUCACCUUUAUUUUCUAGCUAAUGUAUAAUGUCUUGCUUUUUCCAAGACAUCACUGGAAUUGGAUAUUUUUUCACAGAAUAAUAAAAGGCAUUAACCAUAACAAUGGCGUCAUUUUCUUUGAAUUUUUUUUAAGCCAUUCAAAGAAAGUGUCGUCAUUCAUUUCAUCAUGAUAAUUGACAAAGUUCGUUUUCUUACCUUUUCUGAGGGUUCUUUUUGUCCUGUGGUGAGACUGAGGAAUGCAUCACGCGGUGAAUUUACCGUAUUCACCUGCAUUUACCCACGUUUCGUUUAAGUAGGUAGUAUAUCGGUCUGUUUAGUCCUUUGUAAUAUCUUGUUUUUUCCAAAUAUCUUCGGCGCCCACUUAAAAUAUCUUUUCUUUCGAGAUGUACACUAUUGCGGGCUUUUAUUGCAUACACAAACUGUAAAUCUUUCAAUACUAAUUGAAAUACCGUAUGUUUAAUGUUUGAUAAGGUUUCAUCCUCAUUAAUGGCUUUCAACAUUUUCGUUACUAGGUAUUUCACUGUUGCGCCAAAAACUAUGUAUUUUUUACCUAAUGGCAUUUUUAUCAAAAUCAUCUAAUUUUUCAAGUAUUGGAGAUUUACAUUAUUUUUGUUUGGUGAUAACACAGUGCCUUUAUUUCUAUACUCAGCCAAUGUAGUUUGUACUAUUCGCUGUUCAAUACUGCUUUUUGUAGAAAUGUCAACAAUCAUUUGUUUUAAGGUUAAUCAAGGGCUGUCUGGGUUUUCUUCAAUUUCUUUUGAUUUAUUUUUGUAUAAACAGAUGAUCAUUUGCUUUUCACCAGUACCAACAAACUAAAGAAAACUAUACAUUUAAAAAUUAAAAAAAGUUACUGGGGACGCGUACAUCGUGAAAUUGUAAAAAAAAAAAAAAAUUAACAUUAUUUUAAAACCAAUAUAUUCCUCAUUCUGUAUCUAAAAUUCGCAAUAAAAAAUGAGUCAUAUACUUAACUUUUCCACGAGGAUUUUUUUUUGCGAAGAGAAAUAUUGUCAAAGUCUAUACUGUAUUUAUAAUAUUAGUCUAAAUGAAUACAAAAAUCAAUUAUGUAUUAAAACAUGCAAAAAAAAAAAAAAACCGUGGUGUAUUUAUGCCAAAUCGUAAAAUACAAUCACUAUAGUACUCACUGUAUACAACUGUGACAUACCCAAUUGACAAUGACGAUUGCGGCCACGUUUCUGCAGGUUUAGUGUGGGAUUAUCAUCAAUUCUGCCAUAUACUGUGAAAAGAGGGAAAUUUAAAACUAAAGUUGUAUAUGUAGGUUCUUUGGUAUUCUGGAGGUCUGUUCUGAGUUAUUGUAAAUGGAGAAAAGAAUCUAUUCCGGCAAUCUAUUAAUAAUUUAUAGAUAAUUAUUAUUUUUAUAGUUUCUAUUUAUACAAAUAUUAUAUCUUUUUAAUAUCAUACUAUUUUGCUAUGUUUAAUUACAUAUGAUAUACUGAACAAAAAUUGUACUUGAAGUAAAAUACUAUUUAAUGUUUAUAUAAACUAAAGAGAUUUAAUUAAUGUACCUAUUUUUAAUUUAAUUUUUGUACUUAUACAUUUUCUAAGACUGAAUUAUUCGAGAA